UAUGCAAUGAAGUUUUGAGUCACGCAGUUAUAUGAUAAUAACAUAACACUAGUUUAUCUCUAUACAUCCCUUCCCUCCAUUAUCGAUAUAUAUUAUACGAAAUAAUUAUAUCAUUGGAAGAAGAAAAUGGGAAAAAUGAAGGUGAUAAGGAUAAUUUUGGUUCCAUAUCCAGCACAGGGACAUAUCACUCCCAUGCUAAACCUAGCUUCAGCCUUACUCAACCAUGGACUCGAGCCGGUGAUGGUCGUUCCGGAGUACAUUCACCGGCAGAUUAUCAAGUCGCCGACGAUGGACGGAGAAAUGAACAAAAUAUUGUGGAAACCAAUACCGGACGGGAUGAGCAAAGACACCGAGCCGCCCGAUUUCUUCUCCAUUGAGACGGCCAUGGAGAACACCAUGCCUUCUCAUUUGGAAAAGGUUGUUCGAGAACUUGGUGGUGGAGAAGAAGAAGAAGAAGAUGGUGGUGGUGGAAAUGGAGUAAUAGUCGGUUGUAUGGUUGUGGAUUUGUUGGCUUCGUGGGCCAUACAAGUGGCAAGUCGGUGUGGGGUCCCCGCCGCAGGAUUUUGGCCUGCGAUGUUUGCUACAUACAGGUUGAUCACCGCCAUACCUGACAUGAUCAUGGCAGGCUUCAUCUCUGAUUCAGGAUUUCCCCAACAUAGUAAGCAUUACUUUCUUCCUUGUGAACCUAUUCUAUCUAUGGAAGAUCUACCAUGGUUAAUUGGAAAUCUUGAAUCAAGAAAAGCAAGAUUCAAAUUCUGGACCAGAACUUUAAAUCGAUCUAGAUCUUUAAAAUGGCUCUUGGUGAAUUCAUUUCCUGAAGAAAAACUCUUCCAUAUUGAUCAUCAUCAACAUCAAAAUCAGUUAAUCAACAUCUCCAAAAACAAUAACACCACUACUGAAACUACUACAAGUCCAAUUGUAUUUGCCAUUGGACCUCUGAGCAAGCUAGCAAAAACAAAGAACGUCCUGAGUCUUCGUGAUGAAGACAAGAGCUGUUUGAAAUGGCUAGACAAGCAAAAGCCUCAGUCGGUUAUUUACAUCUCCUUUGGAAGCUGGGUUAGCCCCAUAGGAGAAGACAAGGUGAAGAACUUGGCAAUGGCACUUGAAGCUUUUGAACAUCCAUUUCUUUGGGUUCUAGGCUCUAAUUGGCGAAAAGGGUUACCAAAAGGUUACUUAGAGAGAGUAGUUUUUUCCAAGAAAGCAGCUGGGCAAGUUGUUUCAUGGGCCCCUCAAAUUGAGGUUUUGAAACACAGUUCGGUAGGUUGUUUUCUAACACAUUGUGGUUGGAAUUCAACAAUGGAGGCUAUUCAAUUCCGAAAACGACUUCUUUGCUUUCCAAUUGCUGGGGACCAAUUUGUGAACUCUAUCUACAUCGUUAAAGUAUGGAGAAUUGGGAUAAGGAUUAAUAAUGGGUUUGGACAAAGUGAUAUUGAAGAAGGAUUGAGGAUGGUUAUGGAGGAUACUGAAAUGAACGAGAGGUUGAAGAAGGUAUAUGAGAAAACCAUGGGUGAAGAAGCUAUUUUCAAAGUAGAGUUAAAUCUCAAAGCCUUCGUUGAUGACGCAACUAAAAUUUGUUAUCAAAAUUGUAUGAAUUCGAAUUAAGAAUCAUUAUAAAAAAACAUAAUGAUUUUGUUAUUAAGCUGUUUCAAUAAAAAUUUAUAUUAUAUAUAUUUUCAAAAGCAAAUAUUAAUUUGGAUAGCUAAUGAUAAAUGUAAUUUUUGCUAAAGAUCUUCCGA